AUGGACACCUGCGCUGUCGUUGAACAUGGCAUCGUCGCAAAACUGCGCCGCAGCUUUGGUUUCAUAGCUUGCCCACACCGCGUCCAUGAUGUGUUCUUUCACGAAUCCUCGCUUGAGGAUUGCAGCUUGGAGCAGUUCUCCGAAGGCACCGCCGUCACGUUCAUAUUGGAGCACGUUAAUGGCGGCAAGCCCGUCGCCACGCGCGUGCGCCUUGCACCCAUCGGCACCCGCACUCAGUUGACGCAACUGGAACCUGGCACAUACUUCGGCCGAGCGGACCUCAGCACCAGCGCCGGCGCCGGCAUCAGCGCCAAGCUGCUCCAGGGGCCCAGCCAGUCCGGCGCCGCCGGCGCCGGCGCCGCUGCCGCUGCCGCCAACACCCCUGUGACCACAGCGCCUAACUACCUGCCGAAGGGCCAAUUUGUUUUCUUCCGCAUCUGUACGGACACACGCGCCGCGCAGAUGGCGCAGGAGGCCGCAGCGCGCGGCUCCACCGCCAAGCCCGUCAAGCGCCUAGCCUACCAGAGGGCCGUCGAAGUACGGCCGGUGGACCGCGCCAAGCUGGCUGCCAGUGCGCGGCCCUGGCUGCAGCGCCAGGCGGCUUUGUUGGAGGUGCUGGAGGAGGCGGUUCAGACAUUGCCAGUGGACGUUCUCUGUGCGGCCAAGGUCCAGCCUAGGUCCGCGUCAAGGCUGCGAUCUGUUGAACAGAAGCCGCUCAACGCACUGCGGCGCACCGCGGAGGAGCGAGGAAGGUACGAGCCAGCCAUGUACAGUGCAAAAUCUUCUCGACUGGCCCAAUCGCCUAACAAGGACGUUGCGCGUGCGUGUUUUCGUUACGUGCCCGUAACGCGAGGUCUUGCCCCAGAUGCAGCACUGAUCGGCUCGGCCUGGCGUCGGCGGGCUCCCGAGAGGCGGCCCCCCCCAGCAUGGCGGCAGGGGGAGACAGCACGCGCGCGGGAGGGGGUUGGUUCAGGGGGCGGGGCUGAGGCGCCCGCACCCGGGACAACCCCCCUGGGCCCUAUACCCCCCGUGCCGUGCCGUGUGGCACGAGUUGGCCACAUCCUGCGGCACUACAGGGUGAUUGCGUGUGAGCGUGUGUGGGUGUGGGUGUGGGUGUGGGUGUGGGUGGGUUUGUGGUGUGGAGACGACCUGGAGUGGGAACUCAUGCAGCCCCCCCAGCAUGUAACCUGGGGGGUCAUCCUGGUCCGGCUUCAUAUCCAUGUGCAGCUGCUGUGCUGCAACCGGCUGACCCCCUGGUCCAUCUGGCUUGUUUCCAAGGAUGAUGACCUGGAAAUGGCUGCUGUGAUCCACCCUGCAGCCAGUCUGAUCAGUCCUAUAGUACCCGGCCAGACUGCUCGCCAAGCCUGA